AUGAAGAUCAGCCCCGUCACUAUCAAGUUCACGAGCGUCGACACAAAAGAUGUAGCGGUCAACAUCAAGUCUGGAGGCGACAAGAUCGACGAAGUUGGUGUGCCAGCAGGUGGGACUGUGACGUGGAAGUCGAAUGUGACUGCACUAGGUGGAAAGACGCUGUACUUGAAUCGCUGGCGUCAGGGCUUUUUAGGCAUCCCCGAUACUGCAGGCGGGUCGCUGAUGUUGUGGAUACCUCGAUCGAGUCAUGGCGGCAGUCUACAACUUACUGCAGUGGUAAACAAGAGCUGA